AUGGCAAUACCGCCCUCGCUAUUGGCCUCGGCCCGCUCAGCCUACCGCUCGUUCUUGAGAGCAUCGCGAACGACAUUCGUGGGCGAUGCAGUCGUCAAAGAUGCCUUCCGUGCAAAGAUACGGAACGAAAUAUUAACAUGUCCACCCCAUUCUGACGAGAAUGCCUUCCAAGAGAAGAUCAACCUUACAAGGGAGAUUGCGGACGUUCUACGGACAAAUAUUGCACAGGCUGUGAAGGUGGAAGACGCCACUGAUCCUGCGUCGGGUGACCGAUUCAAGCUCCGAAUAACAGAGCACACCGAGCUUGGAUCAAACGACACCGUGAAAGACCCGGAACCCAUCGAGUCUAGUCGAAGCGCCAGGAAACGCACAAGCUCCGCAGAUGCUGCUCAGAAUGACACGCCCCAGAUACCGCGCUUCUACUCUCAACUCAAGAAAGCACAUAAGCAACGGGUGGUCCCGGAGUUGAAGGAGGAGGAUCUCGAGGAGUCGUUCGUCCGAGGCAGCGGCCCUGGUGGGCAAUCCAUCAAUAAAACUGAGAACAACGUGCAGUUGUUGCACAAGCCUACGGGCAUACGUGUAGCGUGUCAGGAGACCCGUUCUCUCAAUCAGAACCGAGCGUUAGCUAGAAAAUGGCUGCUUGACAAGGCACGUUUGUUUUUGGCCCCGUAA